AUGAAAUAUUUUUCUUCCUUUUCUCCCAACUACGUUCCGUUUUUCAUUUAUUUUAUUUCUUUCUAUAUUUCUUUCUUUCUUUUUUUCUUUCUUUCUUUCUUAGCCAGACGUUCAUUAUCUUCAUUACUUUUUUCUUUCUUUCUUUUCUUUAAUUUUUCUUUUCUUUUUUCUUUCUUUUUUUUUACGUUUUUUUUGCCAGAAAGCAGUCUUUUAGUUCUUUUUUUUUCUUUCUUUCUUUGCUAUUACAUUCAUGCCUUCAUUUUUUUUCUUUCUUUAUUUCUUUCUUUUUUUUCUUUCAAUGCAUUUUUCUUUCUUUUUUGGUCUUUUCUUUUAUGCCAGACGUUCAUGCUUUCAUUAAAAUGGGUUCUUUCUUUAUUUUUUUUAUUUUUCGUUCAUUUUAAUUUUUAUUUACUUUUUAAGAUUCAAAACGCCUUUUUAUAUUUUUCUUUUCUUUCUUUCUUUUCAAGUCUUUUUUUAUUUUCUUUCUUUCUUUUUUUCUUUGCCAGUCGUUCACGCCUUCUUUCUUUCUUUCUUUCUUUCUUUCUUUCUUUUCUUUGUUUUCUUUUCUUCUUUUCUUUCUUUCCCUUUGUUUCUUUUCUCUUCACUAAUUAUUCUUUUCUCUCUUUUUUCUUCUUUUUCUCCUUUUUUCUGUUUUCCUUCUUUUUUUCUUUCACUUUUUUCUUUUUUUUUUUUUUUUUCUUCCUUAAAAAUUUAAUGUUUAUCCUCUCUCUCUUCUUUUCUAAAUUACUUUCAUUUCAUAUCUCCCUUUUCAUCCUUUUCCUUUGGGGGAUGAAGUAUCUAUUACUUUCUCUCUUUCUCUCUUUCUUUCUUUCUUUCUUUCUUUCUUUCUUUAUUGCUUGCUUUGAUGAAAAACAUUCAUCUAUCUAUCUAUCUAUCUAUCUAUCUAUCUAUCUAUCUUUUCUAUCUAUCUAUCUAUAUCUAUCUAUCUCUUUAAUUAUCUAUUUAACUAUCUUAAGAAGAUUAUCUAUCUAUAUAUCUAUCUAUCUAUCUAUCUAUUCAUUAUCUAUCAUCAUAUCUAUUCUAUAUUAA